AUGGCCGACGCCAAUCUCGUCGCCGAGGUCUCCUCCGCGCUGCACGAGGUUCUCGCACCGACCACGCCUCCGGAGCGGCGGCAGGCGCUGCAGCAGGCGCUGCAGCAGGAGCGGUCGCGCGCGGGCGCUGGCGCGUGCUACCUGGCCGUGCUCGCCGAGUCGUCGGACGAGGCGCUGCUGUGGUUCGCCCUCGCGGUCCACGAGGCCGCACUCCUCCGCGCGGCCGACACCUCUGGCGGCACGGCCGAGCGGCAGCAGCUUCGGGCUGUGCUGCUCGGCAUGCUGUUUGGGCCGCGGUAUGAGACGCUGCCGCCGAGCCGCCAGCGCGGGCUCGCGGCACACCAGGCCGCGCUGCAGCAGGCGUUCGCAGCCACUCUGCCGUCGGCUGCGCGGCAGCAGCUUCCGCUUCUGCUCGGCGCGGUGGCGGCCUUCUUUUCUCCGAGGGCGGGCGGUGCCAGGCUCGCUUGCACCGCCCUCGAGGCGGCACGAGAGCUGUCCGAGCUGCAGGAGGGCGCAGUUGCGGCGCUGCUCUCCCCGCUGAUCGAGCCGGCGCUGCAGGCGCUCUCCGCCCGCAACAGCACACAGCACGUCUACGCGAUGUCGCUCGUGCGGCGGCUGCAGCGGCAUCUCUCGCCGGCGCUGCGGGAGGAGUACGAGCUGGCGGUGCUGCUGCUGCUCUGCGGCGAGCUCGCGCCGCUGCUGCCACGCUUCUCGGGCGCCGACGCCGCGUCGCUCGACGCCGACGGGGCUGCGGACGUGGUGCUUCUCGCCGACUGCCUCGUCGCCGUCCUCCCGAGUGCGGCGGCGGCCAGCACCGCUCCCGUCGCCGACGAGUUCAACUCCACAGUCUCAUCCCACGAGGCGCAGAGCUGGCCGCCCGCAGACCGCGCCACCGCAGAGCGGCUCCUCUCCGACUGCCUCACCGCCGUGCUGCAGCAGUCGCCGCCUUUGCUCGCCGCCCCCGCCGCCACGCCCCUCGUCGCUCGGCAGGUCGGCGCGCUGCUCGCCGCCACGGCGUGCCGCCGCUGGCCGGCCUCGCCCCUCCUCCUCGCGGCGGCGUGCGGCGCGCUGCUGCUGCCGCCGCGCAACGCCGACAUGCGGUCGUACCCCGAGCCUCUCCUGCCUGCGUGGAGGAGGGAGCGGUACACAGAGUCGCGUCCCCCGCCGUGCUCCUGCGGGCAGCGGCGCCUCUUCACGAUUGCGGGCCGUGAGCAGGAGCGCCCCGAGCUGCUCGCCGCUCGCCUCGCCGCAGCGGACGGCCGACACCGCGUGCGCUGCGUCCGCUCCAUCGUCGCCGCGCUGUCGAGCGAGCACCGGGCGGAGCUGCUCGUGCUGCUGCGGCUGCUCCACCACGGGCUCUCCUCGCCCGCCGACCCGCCCUCGUUCCGCACCUGCCUCGCCGCCCUCGCAGAGCUGCUGCAGCGGAGGCUGCUCGACGAGCCGGCGCUGGGGGCGGGGGAGAAGCAGAUCCUCUACGACGCCUUCGCCGCCGCCGACUCGUCGGACCUGCCCUCCUUCCGGCGCAACCUCGCCCGCCUCUGCCACGACCUCACCUUCUUUCGCGCGCGCGCACUGUUCGAGCACUCUGCGGUGUUCUGA